AUGUCACGCACAGCAGCUCUCUCCUCCUUCAUCGACAGCGCGCCGCCUGGCGAGCUCGCCGAUGUCACCAAGGCAAUCAAGUCAAUCCUCGGCGACGACGCCGUCCAGAACGAGCUCUCGCCCGCCUUCCAAAAGUACAACGAGGAGCAAUUCACCACAACCAAGCUCCCCGGCGGCAGCACCGAGGUCCUAGUCAGCCAGUACAACUCAUUAGGCGACGGCCGCUACUACGACAUCGACACACAAAGCUCCUUUGACUUUGACCACGCCACAGGCAAAGCCAGCGCAGUGCAGAGCUACGUUGUAGAAAGCGCACAAGAAGAGCUCCUCAAGAGCCUAAACAAGUCCCUCAGCACCCACGCCUCAGAACACUACCCCAAGUCUUCUCACGGCGUAUACCCCGUGCCCUCCUCCCCUUCCUCCCUCGCCAUCAUCACGGUCGCAAACAAGUACUCCCCCACAAACUACUGGAACGGCCGCUGGCGCAGCUCCUACAUCUACGACACGUCCUCCGGCUCCAUCACCGGCAGCAUAAAAGUCGACGUGCACUACUACGAAGACGGCAACGUGCGUCUGCUUACGACCAAGGAGGUUAGUCUCAGUGCAGGCGCCAGUGCGAAUGGAAGCGAGGUUGUGAGGAAGAUUGCGGCCGAGGAGAAGAAGUAUCAGGAGGAUCUGAACAGGGCGUUUGGUAGUCUGAGUGAGGGCGCAUUCAAGGCGCUCAGGAGGCAGUUGCCGAUUACGAGGCAGAAGAUUGAGUGGGAGAAGAUUAGUGGGUAUAGGUUGGGCCAGGAUAUUGGUGGUGGGAGGAGGUGA